GUUUUUUUGACAGAUUCGAUCUCCGAUAAAAAAGGGAUUGUUCAUCAUCAAAGAUCAAAACAUUUUUGUUUCUCAAUUUAAUAAUAAUUAUUGUUUGAAAAUUGUAGUAAAAAGUGCAUAUUUAGGAUCUACAAAACCCUGUUGGACAGAAAAAAAGCUUAUAUUUCCGCCAGCAUGGCAAUUUUUGAGUGGCGUAAGUUUAACUUUUUCGACCUUCGGAAUGGCGUCGACGGUGGUCAAGUGGCCCAGGCGCUGCAGGGCGCUCAAAUUAAGGCCACCACCAGUGGGAACAAUCUGGUGGUGAUAUGCGACUCGGAGGGAAUGAUUCAUGCCUUCAAUCGAUCGUGGGAGCCGGUAAGCUUCCGCGGUCACGAUGGGCCCAUUUUGCUGUGCGACAUCUCCAAGCAGAACCACAUGCUCGUCACGGUGGGAUGCGAUGGGCCCUCGUUUAAGGUUUGGAACCUGGCCAAACUGAACCCGGUGACGGGGGCACCAUGUUUGCGCACGGUCCGAACGAUGGUGGCAAUGCCGACAGCCCUUGCCGUAUCCGAGGGAGGCCAGUUUAUGGCGAUUGGAUUCGCCAAAGGAGGAAUUUCGCUCUACCGUGGGGACAUCAGCCGGGAUCGGUCCAAGACGUUGAAGCAGCUGACGGCGGGCAGUACGGACAUUACGGGGAUUGCAUUCAAGCAUUUCAAUAAGCUGACGCAAAUGUUCGUGUGCUCCGACUCGGGCGUCUACCUGUACAACCUGCAAAGCCGAGACAAGGAGGUGCGCAUCAUCCUGGACACGAUCAGCAAACCGGUCGGCUGUUGUGCACUGCAGACGGGCCACAACGAAGGUCAUUUCAUGGUUGGGCGCGAGGAUGCCGUCUAUUGCUACACCUCGGACGGGCGCGGUCCAUGCUACGCCCUGGAGGGAACGAAAACUUUGCUCCAGUGGUUUCGAUCGCAUUUGCUGAUCGUUUCGAGGAAUAGCCGUGCGGCGGGGUCGAAUGCCGGAGGAUUUGUUCUCACCGUGAUAGACAUUCAGAAUAAGUUCAUCGUUUUUACGUGUCCCAUCGAGGAGAUUUCUGCGAUCAUUACGGAGUUCGGAUCUUGCUACAUACUGACGGAGGGUAAAGCUAUUUUCCAUUUGGAUGAGAAGGAUCUGCAGAGCAAACUUAAUUUGCUGUUCAAGAAAAACUUGUACGAUAUUGCUGUCCGGAUAGCCAAGAGCAAUCAGUACGAUGCCGAUGGAUUGGCGGGAAUAUUCAAGCAGUACGGGGACCAUUUAUACAGUAAAGGAGAUUUCUCCGGGUCGGUUGAUCAGUACAUCAAAACUAUUGGAUUUCUAGAGCCUUCGUAUGUGAUCAGGAGAUUCCUGGAUGCUCGUCACAUUCACUAUCUAACGGAUUAUUUGCAAGCCAUUCAUAAAUCCGGAAAAGCAACUGCUGCACAUACGACUUUACUGUUAAACUGCUUCACCAGACUAGAUCGAACAGAACAACUAAAAGAGUUCUUGGAGAAUGAAAACAAGUUGAAUCUUUUCGACGUUGAUGUUGCGAUCAAGGUAUGCCGAAAUGCGUCCGUCGAGCUUGCAAUGUCCUUGGCAAAGAGGCACAAGAAACACGAUCUAUGCCUGAGUAUUCUCACGGAAGAUCUUGGCCGACAUGAGGAAGCUCUCGAAUAUAUCAUGCAGCUUGAGUUCCACGAAGCGGAAAAGAACGUCAAGAAAUACGGAACGCUGCUAAUGGAACAUUGUCCGGAGAAGACCAUUCACUUGCUGAAGAAGCUUUGCACCGACUAUGUCCGUACGGAUUUGGGUGCCAACGCACUGCAAGAUCACUUUGGAGAUGAUAUGUUUUUCAAGCUUGAUAACGAAAAUAGCAACUAUACCCGGGGUAAUCCGGAAGAUUUCAUACACCUCUUUUCAAACGACGAACUCCUAAUCGACUUCCUCGAACACCUCAUCCGGAACAUUCCGUCCUGCAGUAAGUUCGUGUACAACACCCUCAUCGAGCAUUACCUCUACCGUUGGCGGGAGUCCCCCUCGACAGAAGCUAAACUGCUGAACCUGCUGAAGACCGAUCCAGAUCGGUACGACAAAAACCACGUCCUGAUACAGUGUCGCGUCAAUCAGUUUUGGUCCGGUGUGAUGUAUCUGUACGAGGAGGACAAGCUGUACCAUCUGAUCGUGAGACAUUACUUGAAGACCGGCGAUUACGAGAAUCUGUUGGCUAGCUGUCGCAAGUUGGGACACAGCGAUGCCUCGCUGUGGCUGUUGGCGCUGAAUGGGUUGAAAAAUGAUCCCGGGGCACCGCCGAAGCUGCUGUCGCAGGUUCUGCAGGUUAUUGCCCAGGAAAAACUGCAAGCUCCCCUGCAGAUCCUCAACUGCUUGGCCGUGGAAAACGGACCAACCCUUCUACCGGUGCGGGACUACUUUAUGCAGGUGUUCCAAAAGGAGCAGGAGUCUACCCGCCACGACGAAGAGCUGACGCAUAAGUACAGCGACGAGUCGGCUGCCAUCAAGAAACACAUCAAACAUCUCCAGGAGGGAAAUGUGGAAUUCCGGAACACGGUUUGCGACACGUGCAAGCAACCGCUGUCCUGGCCAGCGCUGUUCUUCCUCUGCAAACAUUCCUACCAUCAAGACUGCAUCCGCGGGUACUCCGAAACCGAGCGGGACUGCCCGGUGUGCAACAAGAAAAACAUUCAACUGAUGGACACUCUCCGAGCGCAGAGUGAAUCACGUGGCCAGCACGAAGCAUUCCACAAUUUGCUGGGUCGAUCUGCGGAACCUUUUUCGGUGGUGGCCGAGUACUUCGGACGCGGAUUGUUCAACAAGCUGCUGAUUGUCGAGGAGGAAACUGCCGCCCAGUCUACGGAACCUACCAUGCCUGCUUCGACCGAUCCAAGCAUGCGCCAACUAGCGAAACAAACCGAACAAAUGCGCAUCUCUGGCAACGUUCCGCCCGCCAAACCGCAGCCUAACUAUGGUCCCCUUACAGAAGCAAGGAUCCGUCAAGAAGAAGCCCAGCGCUCUCAAAUGCGGCUGGACGCCCAAGAAAGCGAAAUGCGCCUACGUCUGGUGGAACAGGAACAGAUUCGGCAGCGUCAGCAGGCUUCCCACGUAGCUCAACAGCAGCUGCGCCGGCGGGACGAUCGUAGUGCACGGCGAUCGCCCCACGGAAGUCCGAAACCUCCGUCGGCGCUCACCGGCGGCAACCCUUUGCAACGGACGAAGCUCACGCCGUACAAAAAUCCGUUCGAAGAGAUUGGCGACCUGGGCGGGUACGACAGCGCCAAGGACCCGUUCGCAACGGAUGAGCCGACUACACAACCAAAGCAACAGGCGACGGCGGCGGCAGCUGUCGAGGCUAGCAAUCCUUUCGAUGAGUACGACAGCAAUCUGGACCCGUUCGCGGAGUAAGAAACAAUUCUUUAAACAUUCUUAGUAUUUAAAUUUAUUCUUUAAUAAUUACGAAUUCGAACUAUAAUUGACACGAUAUAGUGAACUGCUAGAUAUUUCGCCAUCUAAAUUGAAAACAUAAAGUUGAACAUUUGUAACUUCAACACAGAUAUUUAUUUAGUUUAUAUUAUGACAAAAAAUAUACGAUUGAAAAGAGAUAUUGUAAACGGCAAUAAACCCAAUGUGUAACAAUUCUAAAACCUGGUGUUUUCCUUUAUCAUUACAGGUGGUUCGAGUUUCUGGAUAACAGUAUGGGGGCAG